CAUAUCAGCUGGUUGGUAGUUGGUAUAAUCAGCUGAUUUUAGUCAAAUCUAACCCCUCAGUCAGAUGAGUUGUUUUGUGUAACAAUGAGCAACUUGGUUUGUCAUGUUUUAGCACUCACUGCAUUACUUUGUGGUGUACAAAGUCAAAGAUACAUUGUGCCCGAGGCAUCUUUGGAAUUUCUUAGUCCAAGAGGGUUAAGGAUUUCUAUACCAGAUGAUGACCCAGAAAUCAAACUCGUUGCUUACCAUAUCAACAUAAAUGAAGAGUUCCAAGGGCUCCAGCAUGGACAAUUCGGAGUGGACAUCACCAAGAAGAGAAAUGGAAGAUGGAGUUAUUACAUCCCUGAGUUUCAAGUGAAAAAGGGAGAUGUCAUAUAUUACUGGAUACACGUCAUAGUGGACAAGCUAGCCUAUAAUGGGCUAGACCGAGAAUAUAGGGUGACGAUGAACAAUCCGCACAACAAACCAGACGAAUUCAUACCUGAUAGGAUCCCGGAUCCUUCGUGCCGUCCCACCAAGACCACUCGAGAUGGAAACACAGUUUCUGUAUGUGGUGGAGACGUACUUCUCAACAAAAAAUUCAAUGACAUGAAGGGAUGGAGGCAUCAAGUGACAAUAGGGGGAGAUUCACCUGAAGACGAGUUUAUGGUUUUCACAAAAGAUACAUCCAACAGUUGGUUGGACAAUGGGAAAUUGAUGAUUAAACCCACACUGUUGGAGGACAAAUCCAACGAUUCCUUUGUGAGGAGUGGAGAAUAUUUACUGGAAGGUUGUACUUCCAAUGUAGCCCAGCAAUGUCACCGCCAAGCCAUCCGUUAUCUGAUUCUUCCCCCGAUCAUGUCCGCAAGACUCUCUACCAAAGACAAACUAAGUUUCCGAUACGGAACUGUUGAAAUCAAAGCCAAAUUGCCACAAGGGAAAUGGAUUGUACCGGAACUGUGGCUGGAGCCAGUGAACGGUCCGGCCUCAGAGAGGGUGGUGGUUGGUCUGUCUCGGGGCAACAUGGAUGACUCCGAGUUUGGAUGGAAAACGUUGGAGGCCGGAGUAACAGGAGCUCAGUCAUCCUUGGGGAAGAAAACUCAGGAUACUCCUUGGGCGCAGGACUUUCACACGUUCAAAAUUGUCUGGACACCAGAUCAAAUUACAUUUACUGUAGACAAUGAAGAGGUUCACCAAAUGCGAACUGUGAAUUUUUCAGUCUUAUCUAAGGAGGUUCACAUUUCACUCGGAGUUCAUGUGGCGGGAAAUCGAGACUUUCCUGACAGUAUCCCCAACAAACCCUGGAAAAACACAGAUCCUAAAAAUCUAACAUGGGUGGACUAUCCGAAGUAUAUAAUUGACACUUACUACAAACUAGAGAGAUUUCUUCGAUUUUGGGAUGACAAAGCCAGCUGGUAUCCAAGUUGGAAUGACGCUUCCUCACUUCAAGUUGAAUAUGUCAAAGUCACAGCUUUAUAGAGAUAGUUCCAAAACUAUAUGAUAUUUUAUACUAUUUAUAAUAAAUAUACAAUACUUUCCUUA